AUGGUUGGAGCCUUGAAGAAGGGUAAAAGCCAGAGCAAGGAGCCAGAGCAAGCGCUUCCUCCCUUAGGCCCCGUGGCAGUGGAUGCCAAAGGCUGUGUCACCAUAGCCAUCCUAUUUUUAUUGAUUUCAGAGAGGAAGGGAGAGAGGGAGAGAGGAAUUCCAGAUUUGACGACCGAAGCUGUGAGUGUCGCUAUUGCAGCACCUCCAUCCGAAGGAGAGGCUAACGCUGAGCUCUGUCGGUAUCUCUCCAAGGUCUUAGAACUCAGGAAGAGUGAUGUGGUUUUAGAUAAGGGCAGUAAAUCUCGUGAAAAAGUGGUGAAGCUUUUGGCCUCCACAACUCCAGAGGAGGUCUUGGAGAAAUUGGAAAAGCAAGUUGAAAAAAAAUAAAAGCCUCCCUAUUCCGAGAUACAACAAUAGUGAAUUUAGGCCAAUUUAUAACCCUACAAUGGCCUUUAGGUGUUCAAGUGAAAGGAAGAGUCGCACAUCUCUCACUUUAAAUCAAAAGCUAGAAAUGAUUAAACUUAGUGAGGAAGGCAUGUCAAAAGCUGAGAUAGGCCGGAAGCUAGGCCUCUUGCGACAAACAGUUAGCCAAGUUGUGAAUGCAAAGGAAAAGUUCUUGAAGGAAAUGAAAAGUGCUACUCCAAUGAACACACGCGUGAUAAGAAAGCAGAACAGCCUGAUUGCUGAUAUGGAGAAAGUGUUAGUGGUCUGGAUAAAAGAUCAAACCAGCCACAACAUUCCCUUAAGCCAGAGUCUAAUCCAGGCCAAGGCCUUAAUGCUUUUUAAUUCUAUAAAAGCUGAGAGAGGUGAGGAAGCUGCAGAAGAAAAGUUUGAGGCCAGUCGAGGUUGGUUCAUGCGGUUUAAGGAAAGAUGCCGACUCUGUGACAUAGAAGUGCAAGGUGAAGCCGCAGGUGCCGACGUGGAAGCUGCAGCACAUGACCCAGAAGAUCUGGCUAAAAUAAUUAAUGACGGUGGCUACACUACACAACAGAUUUUCAAUGUAGGUGAAACAGCCUUAUAUUGGAAGAAGAUGCCAUCUAGAACUUUCAUAGCCAGAGAGGAGAUGGCAAUGCCUGGCUUCAAAGCUUCAAAGGACAGGCUGACUCUCUUGUUAGGGGCUAAUGCAGCUGGGGAUUUUAAGUUGAAGCCAAUGCUCGUUUAUUAUUCUGAAAAUCCUACCGCCCUUAAGAAUUAUGCUAAAGCUACUCUGCCUGUGCUCUAUAAAUGGAACAACAAAGCCUGGAUGACAGCACAUUUGUUUACAUCAUGGUUUACUGAAUAUUUUAAGCCCGCUGUCGAGACCUACUGCUCAGAAAAAAAGAUUCCUUUCAAAAUAUUACUGCUUAUUGACAAUACACCUGUUCACCCAAGAGCUCUGAAGGAGUUGUACAAUGAGAUUAAUGUUAUUUUCAUACCUGCUAACACAGCAUCCACUCUGCAGCCCCUGGGUCAAGGAGUAAUUUCAACUUUCAAGUCUUAUUAUUUAAGAAACAUAUUUUGUAAGGCUGUAGCUGCCACAGAUAGUGACUCCUCUGAUGGAUCUGGGCAAAGUAAAUUGAAAACCUUCUGGAAAGGAUUCACCAUUCUAGAUGCCAUUAAGAACAUCCGUGAUUCGUGGGAUGAGGUCAAAACAUCAACCAUAACAGGAGUUUGGAAGAAGUUGAUUCCAACCCUCACGGAUGAGUUUGAGGAGUUCAAGGUUUCAUUGGAGGAAGUGACUGCAGAUAUGGUGGAAAUAGCAAGAGAACUGGAAUUAGAAGUGGGGCCUGAAGAUGUGACCGAAUGGCUGCAAUCUCAUGAUAGCUCUUUAACGGACGAGGAGCUGCUGCUUAUGGAUGAGCAGAGGAAGUGGUUUCUUGAGACGGAGUCUGCUCCUGGUGAAGAUGAUGUGCAGAUUGUUGAAAUGACCACGAGGGAUUUAGAAUAUUACAUAAACUUAGUUGAUGAGGCAACAGCAGGGUUUGAGAGGAUCGACUCCAAUUUUGAAAGAAGUUAUACUGUGGGUAGAAUGCUAUCAAACAGCAUCGCGUGCUACCGAAAAAUCAUCCACGCAAGGAAGAGUCCGUCGAUGAGGCAAAGUUCGGUGCCUUAUUUUAAGAAAUUCCCACAGCCACCCCAGCCUUCAGCCACCACCACCCGGGUCAGUCAGCAGCUAUUAACAUUGAAGCAAGACUCUCCACCAGCAAAAAGAUUACGACUCCCUGAAGACUCAGGUGAUGGUUAGCAUUUUUUAGCAAUAAUGUACUUUUAAAUUAAGGCAUGUACAUGGUUUUGCCUCCAUUGACAGAGCCUGAGAAAGCAAAACCUGGACUCCUGAUUCUAUGGGCCUUUCCUCCUUUGCCAGCGAGGGGUUGGAGAGAGACCCAGAGUGUGUAAGUGACACUUUUGCAUUCAAAAUUCCAAACAGUUAAAAACUCACAACUUUG